UUGUCAGCGCUGGGGGCGGUGAACGAACGGCUGCGCGACGACUACAUCAAGGACUCGCAGCGGGGACUGGACCGCUGGAACCGGGCGCUGGAGGCGCUGGGUGUGGACUUCAAACUGGAGCUUCCCCACCGGUUCUUCAACCGGCAAAUCGGCAACGCUGCGGGCGUGCGGGUGUCCCCGGACGGGCGGGUGAUCGGCGAGGAGGAGUGGCAGACCGGCGUGUCGGACUGGCUGCCCACGGCGAGGACAUGGCCUACGUGGACUCGCUGA